UAGCAAUCCCAGAACGGGACCUGCACAGAGAAAGACAGGAUUUGGAUUUUACUGCAGCAUAAAACAAAAACAUAGGAAAGCAUAUAAAAUAAGAAAUCACAACCACUCUGAUCUGAAGACUAAGCAGAAAGAAAGAGGUGAGGGAUGGAGAAAAAUUGACAGAAAGAGGACAAGAGCACAGAGUGAUGACAAGGAGAAGGAACACCAUGAAGAUACACGGGUGUACAGUGACAUCCUUUGUGCUUUUACUCUGGAUUACGUGUACAUACGUUCAUGCCGAAUGUCCUUCAGUUUGCUCCUGUAGUGACAGCCAUCGGACAGUUGACUGCUCGUGGAGGGGGUUUAGACAUCUGCCAUUGGGCCUGCAGAGGAACAUUCAAUCCCUCAACCUGACCCACAACCGUCUCUCAGACCUAGACCAACACCUAAGCUCUUUCACGCACCUUCGCAUCCUGGACAUCUCCUACAAUCGUUUGCUGCAUUUCCCAGCUUCGCUACCACGGGCACUGUGGGAGAUCAACAUCUCCGGAAACCGCCUACGUGUACUAAACAAAGAUGACACCGCGUACCAGUGGAACCUCAGAGUUCUGGAUCUGUCCGUCAAUAAACUGGAGCGUGUGGUCUUUAUCAACAACACGCUCCCAAACUUGAAGGCUCUCAACCUCAGUCACAACAAGUUCUGGACGGUACCUACAAACAUGCCCCAUAACCUGGAAGUAGUGGAUCUAUCCCAUAAUUCUCUUGUCCAAAUUCUGCCGGGAUCUCUCUUGCGGCUGCACAAGCUGGCUCAGUUUUACUUGCAUGCAAACCGUUUCACUGCAGUAAACGAAGAGGCGUUUGAGCAUAUGGAAAGUCUGAAGCUCAUCACUCUAGGAGACAAUCCUUGGGCUUGUGAAGAAACUGCCAACAUCAGUUAUUUGUUGCUGUGGACCAAACAAACUCCGGCUCGAGUUUUAGGAUGCCCCUGCCACACCUGGUACACCUGUGGAGAGGCUCAUUUGACCAGGACGGGGAGCUGGCAUUUUGGCACCUACACACUCUCACCAUAUGUCUUUGGAACCGAGGAACCAAGCCAUCCUUAUAUCCAAGCAGUCACCACACACAUCUGGUCCGGGACGUCUCUUAUAAACACUCGGGAUGAUCUAACAAGAUCUGGAGUCACCCAGGAAGAGGAAUCUUUCAGAAAUGGCGCUCUUUUUACUUCAACUUCAAAGGUUUCUCAAUCAACCACUGAUGCUUCGGUCACACCAGAUGACUUCUUCUCCACCAUCUCCACGACUCGAAAGACAACCACUCUUCGCACACGGAGUGUGAAAAGACCCAAUCAGAACCUCAGUAAAACUGCAAGCUCAGGAUGCACUUUUGGCUCUGCCUAUAGAUUAAUCUGUGGUACACUCUUCCUAAUGGCCACACUGUGUAUCUUCUAAACUGGAUCUUAAUAUAAAUUCAUGUUAUAAAAUUGCAUUUUUCUGCUUAACAUAUCAUGGAGACCUAAAAUGGACUUAAAAUGUUAUGGAAAUACACAGUCUUACAGUAUAAUUUCUAUCUGAGGCACAAGUAUUAUUAUUGUUGGACAUUUUGGCACCUACAAAUUUCACCAUACAGUUCUGCGGAACCAAGCCAUCCUUAUGUCCAAGCAGUCACCACACACUUCUGGUAUGGGAUGUCUCUUAUAAACACUCAAGAUGAUCUAACAAGAUCUGGAGGCACCCAGGAAGAGGAAUCUUUCAGAAAUGGCGCUCUUUUUACUUCAAGUUUAAAGGUUUCUCAAUCAAGCACCGAUGCUUUGGUCACACCAGAUGACUUCUUCUCCACCAUCUCCACAACUUGUAAGACAACCACUCUUCGCACACGGAGCGUGAAAAGACCCAAUCAGAACAUCAGUAAAACUGCAAGCUCAGGAUGCACUUUUGGCUCUGCCUAUGGGUUAAUCUGUGGUACGCUCUUCCACACUGUCUUCCACACUGUCUAUCUUCUAAACUGGAUCUUAAUAUAAAUUCAUGUUAUCAAAUUGGAUUUUUCUGUUUAACAUAUCAUGGAGACCUAAAAUGGACCUAAAAUGUUAAGAAAUGUAACAGUCUUACAGUAUAAUUUCUAUCUAGAAGUAUUGUUGGACAUACAAGUUUACAAAAAAAUAGGUGCAGGCUUCAUAUUUCAUGGGUUAUUCUGAUUAACUUCUGACAAUCCACAUACUUUCAGGACGAUUCUAAUCAUUUAAAUGCAUGCAUUUAAAUUGUCAUCACUGCAAUAAAACUAAACACAAAUAUGAACAAAGAGCAACAAACUUUGUGAUCAAGAGCACAGCACUGUA